GUUCGGUGGUGUUUGGGGAGAUUGGGGGAUCAUGUAUGGACCAAUAUAGGGCAGGCGAGCUCGUCCAUCCGGUCCAUUUGGCCGUGCAUGUUCCCGGGAUCUGGUGCGCAUUUACCCCUGUCCUCUGAUUGCUGGAUCUAAGCCGAGCUCGUCCUGUUGCUGCACGAUGAUUGGGGAACUUGUUAAUCUGCAACGGGAGGACAGAGUAAUACGCUUCUGUGGGUAGUAGACCUGUUUGGGUUAGCAUCUUGCCGAGUAACCCAAUUUCUUGAUCAACAUGUCACGGGAGGAGAAUGUUUACAUGGCCAAACUGGCUGAGCAGGCAGAACGGUAUGAGGAGAUGGUUGAGUACAUGGAGAAGGUGGCCAAGACCGUGGAUGUAGAAGAGCUCACCGUCGAGGAGCGUAACCUCCUGUCUGUUGCCUACAAGAAUGUCAUUGGGGCUCGCCGUGCCUCGUGGCGCAUUGUCUCCUCCAUUGAGCAGAAGGAGGAGUCCCGUAAGAAUGAGGAACAUGUUGCUCAGAUCAAGGAAUACCGUGGCAAGAUUGAGGCCGAAUUGAGCAAUAUCUGUGAUGGUAUCCUGAAGCUGCUUGACUCGCACCUUGUGCCUUCCUCCACUGCUGCAGAGUCAAAGGUGUUUUACCUCAAGAUGAAGGGUGAUUAUCACAGGUACCUUGCUGAGUUUAAGACUGGCGCUGAGAGGAAGGAAUCUGCGGAGAGCACAAUGGUGGCUUAUAAGGCAGCUCAGGAUAUUGCACUGGCUGAAUUGGCACCUACCCAUCCCAUUAGGCUUGGACUUGCACUUAACUUCUCAGUGUUCUAUUAUGAGAUUCUGAACUCUCCAGACAAAGCUUGCAACCUUGCAAAGCAGGCGUUUGAUGAGGCUAUCUCAGAGUUGGACACCCUUGGAGAGGAGUCGUACAAAGAUAGCACCUUGAUCAUGCAGCUCCUGAGAGACAACUUGACCCUCUGGACCUCCGACCUCACGGAGGAUGGUGCCGAGGAGGGCAAAGAAGCCCCAAAGGGUGAAGCUGGCGAGGGUCAGUAGCCCGGUAAACCUUGAUGGAUUCCUUGAUUCCGAGCUUCAAUCCUCCUUCCCCUCACCUGUGCUCCAUUUCAUGUAGUAGGAUGGUAGUGGCCGGAUUAGUCCCAUUGCUAUAGUUGGCACUGGGUCCAUUUGGACUGAUGCUAUUGAAGUCGUCUUUUCACGUUUUUCUGUUGCAAUUAGUUGCCACUGUGCUCUGUUUUGCGUUCCUUCUUUCAAUCGUCUGGUCGCUGCUGUGUUGGUUUGCA